AUGAUUUUUCUUCAUUUGACAUCAAUCGACAGUGAAAACGCGCCAAUUCAUUUACCACACCCAUAUCCAACGUCUGGUCGAUCAAAGACACCACCAACUGAAUAUGGUCCAUCACUCAGCCCUCCAACAAUAGACGAACCUAGUCUUACUGAAUCUAUCAUUGCGGGAGAAGCUUUUGUGAAGAAAAUUUUGCCCAACCUCGGUUAUGUGAUUAAAGACUUUAAAUGUAAUCCAGGAAAAAACUUACUACCCGAGAAACUAACUUUAAAAGAGCUUAUCGUUGAAGAUACCAUCAGAGAUGAUAAUUCCUUAAUGGUACUUUCUCCGGCAGCUAUGAAGAAGUUGCGGUUAUUCUGUGGUGCAAUCGCACUAGUAGAAGGAAGGAAGGGAUACAAAACGAUCCUUAUUGUAUGGGCCGAUGAAGGCUGCGAAGAUGUUAAAGUUAGAAUUAAUCAAGUUGUUAGAAACAAUCUUCGUGUGCGUUUGGGUGACGUAGUGUCAAUUCAACUAUUUUCUGAUAUUAAGUACGGUCAGCGCGUCCAAUUGCUCCCAAUUGACGAUACAGUUGAGGGAGUAAUGGAAGACCUGUUCGAAAUCUAUCUCAAACAAUACUUCCAGAAUGCGUAUCGGCCAGUUCGAGAAGGUGAUGUGUUCUCUAUUAAAGAUGGAGGACGUUCUAUGGAAUUCAAGGUGUUAGAGACUGAUCCACCAAACUAUUGUAUUGUAAGUAGCUACAAUAUGACUUCUUUCUAUAAAUUAUGGACUUCAAUUUAUUUUCACGUUAUAGAUUACAAGCAAUACACGGAUAUGCUGUGA